AUGGACACGAAGGUGCCCAAGUUGUUAGAUCUGCACUUGCAAGAACAUGUGAAAAACAUAAUUGAAGGGUUCACAGAUGAAUCAACGAGCACAACUAAGGACACAUUUUUUGAUGAUAAGUAUGCUUAUAGUUUAAUUGACAAUUACAAAAGUAGGAGAACAAAAAAUGUCGUUAUUCAUAUGUUAAGAAAAGAUAUUAAUAUACUACACUAUAAUGAAGAAUACAAAAAUAUAAUUUUUAUUAACUUUUUAAGAUUAUGUCAAUUAAAUAAUUUAAACGUGAAAAAAUAUCACGAUAUAUUUUUAGAAUAUGAUAUUUUUUCUUUUAUUGUAAAUUCGGAAAAAUACGUAAACUUUUUUUUAAAACCAAUUAUAAAUAAUGAUAAAUUAUUAUGGGAUGUGAACAAGGAUCAUUUUGAAAUAUUUAAUUUUACCACGUUAGAUAUUACAGACAAUGAGAAUCGCACUAUGAAUACUACGGAUAUGCAUUAUCAAAAUAGUUGUUAUGUCUUGGAAGAGAAUCUAAAGUUAAAACUGAAUGAUCUUGUAGAAGAUUCUUCAGAUUGUGAUUCUUCCUUAUUUAGUGAAGAUGAUAUUUCUGUUGCAUCCGAAUUUUCAGAAAAAUUAUUACCCACAAGUAAUUACAAAAUGAAUAGCGAUAAUUUAUCAGACCAUUGUAAAAACUCGAAGUCAAACCAGAGCUUAUUGGAAGAAUACUCAAAUGCAACCAACAUCGAUGUCGUGAAUAAUGAGCACAUCUCUAUCGAAAAUAAAAUAAGCAAUAAACAUGAAACAUUAAUUGAGGAUUUAAACAACAUACCCAACAUUGAACAGGAUGAAAAGAAGAAGGAAAGUGGUGGCAUGAAAUGGAGCGAGCAUUUUGGAAACAGACUAGAAACAGUUGACACUUCCACUCUCAAUAAUAUUAAUUUAAAUCAUUUAAUCGAUAUUAUAGUAGAGACAGGGAAAGUGAAUCAUGAAGACACCUUGAGGGAAGGUAAUAAUUAUUUAAAGAAAAAUAGCCUACAUGAAUCAAUUAUAGAAAAAUUUGUGAAAAAAUCUGAAAAUGAGAACAUUGAGUUGUACAAUUUGCACAAAAAAAUUAAUAGCAUGGAGAAAAUUAUUAAACAUUUAAUGAGUGAAAUAAUGAAGAGAGAUAUUAUAAAAAAGGGGGUUACUGAAAAUGCACAAAUUGGGGAAAUACAAAAACCAGAUGGAAUUCAAAAGAGAAAGGAAAUUUUCUUAUCUACAUUCAGAGAAAUAGAAUGUACACAUGGUAGUGUUGUAAACAGCACGGAUAAGGAGAGUGGAGAUUCUGAAGAAGGUUGUGACAAUAAAUAUUUCGAAAGUUAUAACGACACAAGUAUACAUAGAACUAUGAUUUUAGAUAAGAGUAGAACAAAUUGCUACUAUGAAUUCAUAAAAGAAAAUAAAGAAAUAUUUCAAAAUAAAGUGGUUUUAGAUAUAGGAUGCGGAUCUUCCAUAAUUUCCCUGUUUUGUUCGGAUCACGCGAAAAUCGUUGUUGGAAUUGAUAAUGCACAUAGGAUAUUAAAGAAAGCAAGAAAAAUAACAGAAAUGAAUGAAGCAAAGAAUAUAUACUUAUUUGAAGGGAAAUUAGAAGAAAAUGAUAUUUAUACUGAUGAAAAGGGGGAAAUAUAUUAUAUUAGCAAAAAAGAUGAUAUUGAAAAAUUUAAAAAAAAUCAUAAUAUCAAGGAGCUUAAAAUACUAAAGUUUGACAUUAUUAUAUCCGAAUGGAUGGGAUAUUUUUUAUUUUACGAAUGUAUGAUAAAUACUAUUUUAUAUGCUAGAGAUCUUUAUUUAAAGGAAGGUGGUUUUUUAUUUCCUAAUAAAAUUUAUUUAUAUCUCGCAGGUUAUAACGAUUUAGAUUAUGUAAAUGAAAAUAUCUUAAUAUGGGAUAGUCCACUAUAUGAUAAAGAUUUAUCUGAAUUAAAACCAGACUGUAAGUCUUUUAUGGAAAAUGCUAAAGUUAUUAGUCUAGACAAAAACAAAGUUUCAACUGAAGUAGUUAAUUAUGCUAUAAUUGACAUGUAUACGUAUAGUAAAAAUGAAAAUUUGUAUAUCCAUUCCAAUUUUAAAGUUGCACUUAAUUAUGGAAAAGUUGUAACAAGUUUGUGUUUUUAUUUUGAUUGUCAUUUUGAACCACUUCCAUUCAGUGCAAGUGUAUCAAUUCACAAUUCUGAGAACAUAUCCUCAAAUUUGAAAACUUGUACAAAUACCGUUUUAACAACUAGUAUGUUCAAGCAAGAAACACACUGGAAACAGGUACUUUUACAUAUACACUGUCCAAAUUACAACAUUGCUAAUAUUUCGCCCCUCGUGGAUGCUGAUAAGACAAAUGAAUUAUGUGGAAACAUAUACAUAACAUCGUCGAGUGAGCACUCAAGAAGUAUUAAUGUGCUUUUACAGAUUAAAAAAAAUAAGUCUAUAAAUGUGGACAAGGAGUGGACGUGCUGCUAUUCUCUGAACUGA